GUUUAUGAAGAAGAAGAGAGUUUGUUUGUUGAGCCAAAAAAGGUGGAACUAGAUUCUCGUGCUAUCCUCUCCUCUCCUCCCAAGCAAAGCAAUUCCCGAUUUUCUUUAGGGUUAGGGUUUCCCCAUAUUCCCCCUUCAAUUUCCAAUCCCUCUUUUCCGAUCCCCCGAAUUUCACGAUCCCCGAUCGCAUCUCCGCCGCGUCUCCGCCGUCCGAUCGUCCCUGUUUUCGCGAAAUAUGGUCGCGAGUUCCUCCAGGGCUUACAAUUUCUCUCUCUUCAAUUCGAAUCUUCUUCAUCUCUCUCGCUCUUGUAGACGUUACAGGCUUUCUCUCUUGAUUCUGUGAUUUGGUGAAGAUCUUAGGGUUUUGAAAUUUCGAUGCUAGAUAUUGUGUGAUCUGGUGUGGUUGUGUGUAAAUAGUGUGAAAAGUUAGGGUUUUUGUGGAGAUUGUGGUGUUGGUUUGGAGUGAUCUGGUUAGGGUUUGACUUGAGGCUAUGUAUAUUGAGGAAUUGAAAGGAGGGGAAGGUGGAGGCGGAGGCGGAGAAGAAGUGGAGUUAGGGCGUGGGAGUGGUAGUGGGGGUGUUGUAGGAUCGGAUGCGAAACGGGUGUUGAUCGGCGCAGGGGCUCGUGCGCUGUUUUACCCGACUCUGCUGUACAAUGUCAUUCGGAAUAAGCUUCAGGCUGAGUUUCGCUGGUGGGAUAAGGUCGAUGAGUUUGUAUUGUUAGGUGCAGUUCCAUUCCCUACUGACGUGCCUCGCUUGAAGGAGGUCGGAGUUCGUGGAGUCAUCACUCUUAAUGAGCCAUACGAGACUUUGGUUCCAACAUCUCUUUAUCAGUCCAAUGGCAUUAGCCAUCUGGUGAUCCCUACAAGAGACUACUGUUUUGCCCCAUCACUGAAUGAUAUCUGUCGUGCUGUAAACUUCAUUAAUGAAAAUGCUUCAAAUGGGACGACAACAUAUGUUCACUGUAAAGCUGGACGGGGCCGCAGUACAACCAUUGUUAUCUGCUACUUGGUCCAUCACAAGCGGAUGACCCCUGAUUCUGCCUAUGAAUAUCUUAAGUCGAUUCGGCCACGUGUGCUUUUGGCCUCUGCUCAGUGGCAGGCUGUUCAGGAGUACUACUAUUUCAUGGUGAAGAAAGCUGUGGUUUACAGCAACUUGACAAAUCUGAUAUUGGAUCCCCUAAGUUCAGUUACCUCGCAUGAUCUGCUUGCAUUCGAUGAGAGCUCUGUAGUAGUGGUGACCGAAUCAGAUCUUGAAGGAUAUGAUGCGACUCUUCAGUCUGGUGUUGUAGGAAAUGAGAUAUGGGCCGACUUAAGUGUGGUCUAUCGGGUUCGUGUAGCUGGUCAGGCAGCUCUCACAAGGAUUUCAUGCCUAUGGCUCCGUUGCCAUGCCCAAAAGCGGAUUUCAGCAGAGAAGUUGGGCAGAGAAAGCAGCUGCUCGAUUACAACUGAUCAUCUUGGAGGCAUUAGUGUGGACAUACAAGUUUACUGAGGAAAACCUCAGUAAACCGUAAAUACAUAAAAUAUUUGCCAAGUGUUUUUAUAAUUUCCUGUCGUACAGAAAAAAUGGAAAUAACUCUAUGUUAGGCUCUGCAAUAAACUCUGUUUUUUUCUCCGUCCUGUAAAUUGAGUUGGUAAUCGAAUGAAAGUUGAGCUUUAUCACCAUC